ACAUAAAUUAAAACAGGCAGAGUCCCAUAUAAGGAUGUCAGGAUAUUUCCUUUAAAAUGUCUUAGUUCCUGUUCAAAGAAGCAAAGUUUCCAGAGACGCUCCCUGCAUAGGAUCAGCAAGGAAUAGUGAUGAAUGAAUUCAAGAAUCUUUCAAAAUUAUUUCUUAAACAAAUCAAGAGUCAACUCAUCUUCUACUGCAGAUAAGAGCCAUGCUCCUGUACUCCCUACUUCUCUUGGCAAUGGUUAAAGAAGGGAUUUCUACGUAUCGGCCAUCGUUGGAGUCACCCUGUGUUAUGGAAAACAUGGCAGCACUUUGUCAGAACAAAUCCUUCCAUCAAAUUCCCAUGGGUCUCCACCCAAACAUCAAAAUCCUUGACAUGUCGAAGAAUGAACUGCAGAACAUCACAGAGAGUCCUCUGUUUCUUUAUUCGUUAAUAGAAUAUCUGGAUUUGAGCGCCAACAAAAUUAGCUUUAUUCAGCACGAUUCUUUCAAGAACAUGGUUAAUUUGAAGGAAAUUAAUAUGUCUGGAAACUAUUUAGAUGGAUUUGCCCAUUACAAUGGACAAGGAAUUGGAAUAUUACCCCAUGUUCAAACGUUGGACCUAUCAAUAAAUAGCUUGUAUAAUGAUAUGACGAGACCUUUUCUACAAAACUCUCCACAUCUUCAACAUCUUUUAUUGUCAGGAAAUAGUAUUACUAUGCUCUCUUCAAAGACAUUUGAAGGUGCCCCUAAGCUAAAAGAGGUGGAUCUUCAGAACAAUAUUAUCAUGCACAUUGAAGAAGGUACUUUUGACCAUCUAAAGCACCUUACCAAAAUUAAUCUUGCUAUGAAUUCCAUCUCAUGCAUUUCUGAUUUUAAACUUCAACAACUUAAAAGUCUAAACCUGAGUAAAAACAGCAUUGAAAUGUUUCAUACCUCCGAUUCGGAUGAAGAAUACAUGCUUGAACAUGUUGACUUGAGUGACAAUAAAUUAUUACAUGUUCCUAUUCUUCCAAGGAUUAACAAUAUAGCUACUCUAAACUUGUCUAUGAAUCUAAUAAGUCUUUCAGGUGAAAUGUCUGACGAUGAAACAAGUUGGAUGGAUGAUACAGUCCAACUUCGGAGCGAAGAUGAAAGUGAACUUAGAAAUACAACCACCAUUUUUUUACCGAAGCUCACUUACUUAGAUCUAAGUUACAAUAAUAUAGAAUCUAUCCCCAAUGACUUUUUUGUAAGUAUGCCCUUACUUAGGUUUUUAAACCUAAGCAAAAAUUGCCUGGAAGAUGUCUCCUUUGGAUACUUUGUGCCACAAAACUCAUUAGUUGUUCUCGAUUUAAGUGGAAAUAGUUUGCAGAAUAUAUCUCUAGCUAAAAAGUCUCUCCGAGGGUUGCAAGAACUUUAUCUACAAAAUAAUCGACUUCAUGUAAUUGAAUCCAAAAUAUUUCAAGGUCUGCCAAGUAUUGUCCUGCUUAACCUACAAAAUAAUAAUAUCAAUUUGUGCCCUACAAAUUCGGGAGUAAUGACACGAAGGACAGAGGAAUAUCGAUGUGUAGCAUUUUUCAACAUUCCUACAUUACAGCAUUUAAACCUUAGAGAGAACAUGAUGCAAAAGAUACCUCAGUCUGCCUUCAAUGGAACCCCAUUGACUUAUCUAGAUCUAUCACUGAACUUUGGACUUACAAUAACACCAAACGCACUAGAAGGUUUAGAAAGAUCCCUGGAAGUGUUAUACGUUGAGGGCAAUGGUCUGCAACUGCUUAAUGUUGAUCUCCCACUUUUUAUGUACCUUAAAGAUUUAAACUUGUCUGGGAACCAAUUGACAUGGUUGCCAAGUUGGAAUAAAUAUUGCAAAUUGGAAACUCUUGAUCUAAGCAACAAUAGUUUUAGCGAUUUGCAACACAGCAAUAUCCAAGGACUUGAAAACACGUUAAAAACCCUGUGUUUAUAUGGAAAUCCAUUGAGCUGUUGUGCGAAUUCUUGGAUUGCCCACAUGGUGAGGAGGACUACAUUAACAGUUCUCUCCCUAAAUUCUACAACUUGCUACAGUUCUAAUAGCAACAAGGAAGAAAUACUUAUAGAACAACUGAUUCCUGAAAUCUGUGAAAAAGAGGAACUGACUAAAAUUAACCUAAUAGUGAUUAUAUUAUCAGUAAUAGCGAUUGUACUAGUUAUUGCAAUUGGUUGUGGUAUAGUCUGUCGUUUUUGCAGACGGAGGAGGAAACAGCAAUUUAAAGCAUAGUAACUGUCACAGACACUGCUCACUCUGUUCCUGCCUUUAGGUGGGCCAUGUUUUUAUGGCUUUGAAACAAAAGCUGAAAUCAUUUAACUAAGCAUACAUAGGCUCCUCUUCUUUCUCUGAUGUCAUCUCGUUAGCCUGUCUGUUAGGUUUGCAUGGAUUGUGUGAUGUAUGGUUUCCAAGCUGUAGAAAUGUACCAGGUGUUUAUACACUCAUUCUGUUGAAGACUGUAUGCAAACAAACCUACCGUACUUCCAUAGGAUCGGGUUUUCUCAUAAAUUGAAUAUAUUAAUUCACAAUAUAAAGGUUAGUAUUAUAUUGGCCAAUAACUUACAUUUUUCAUCUUCUAUUGUCAUGGAACCAAAGUCUCUGUCUGGGUCCUAGAUUACUUCUCUAAUGAGAGAGAACUGCACACAUGCACCAGGCUGCUAGAUCCCCUUUGCUAAGCACAAACCUGGCCUGUUUCUUGUAAGCUCCUGAACUCGCCUUUUAUCAAUCAUUACCCAUAUACCCCACUUUUAAACCUUCCAUCCCUGGAAGGUACGAAGUUGUGCAGUUAAGCAAAUCGUGAUUUACUCCAAUGAUCCUUUACAAAAAUCGAAAUAGGAAGUCUUUAACACCAGUUGACUGGUCAAUGUCUGUUCAAAAAUGCAAAUGUUAGUUCUUACGCACCUCACAUACUUUCAAAAUCGGGGAUAUUCGGGUUAAAAUGACAUUAUGAUUAACCUGUUUUUCACUAAAUAAAAUAAGAUUUGGGUUUGUUCAUUAAAUAAGAAAUUGUGGAGAUCUGACAAGGGAAAUUAUAACUUGGAGCCCAUUAUAGCCAAACUGGAAAAAAUGGUGAAGAAUUUGUUUAGUUUGGCUGUUUGGCAUAAAAUGAGCAUUUUUUUUUUUGUCAGUACUCAGCGUUAACUGUUUAAUACAUUAUUUUCAUUCUGUUGUAUUCACCACUGCGUGUGUUAAUGUUUACAUUUAGUGAACAAACUUAAAAUGUUUGAUGUGCUAUUUUUUUGGUGAAGGAAUUUCAUGUUGCACUACACUACUUCCUGCCUUGUGAGUUUCAAUAUUCCACGUUCUGUCAACAAAUGGAAAUGUUUACACAUAUAUUUGUGUUGCCAUAUUAUCUUUUAUACAUCAAUGUUUUUUCUUAUAGCGACUAUUUUUAUAUGAAGCCCAUCGCUGGCAUUGCAGCCAGACACACUUGAUUAAUAACAGCUAAUUUACACUACAUCUCAUUUGUGAUAAUUGGAUAAACACUGCUCAAAAACACAUCAUAAAGAAAGCUCAGAUCAGUUGCUGGAGACUGACACUUUCUGUGCUGUUUGUUGUUAGGAUAUAUUACCUCCUUAAAGGGACACUGUAGGCACCCAGGCCACUACAGCUCAUUGAAGUGGUCUGGGUGCAAUGUCCAAUGUCCGAUUACCCUACUAUAGAAGUUAUUGCAGUUAUUGAGAAACUGCAAUAAUUACUACUAUCCAAGGUUAACUCCACCUCUAGGGGCUGUCUACCAGACAGCCACUAGAGGGACUUACUGGUUUGAAACAAAUCUUUGGUCUGAUAUCUGCCGCUUGACGUUCUCACGCUCUGCAUGAUGAC